GCGUUCAGCAGUCGGCUCCUGAUUGCUGCAGCUGGCUCGUAUGCGCGCUCGGCUGGCUUCACGGCGAAGCGGAUCCGUUAGUUAGAAUUUCCAGCCACCCCGGCUCGUUGUGAGCAGCCUUUUCUUCGUCCAAUGCAGGCUAUAAAGUGCGUGGUUGUGGGCGAUGGCGCUGUGGGUAAAACCUGCCUACUCAUCAGUUAUACCACCAAUGCCUUCCCUGGUGAAUACAUCCCCACUGUCUUUGACAACUACUCUGCUAAUGUGAUGGUAGAUGGGAAGCCUGUAAACCUGGGAUUGUGGGAUACUGCUGGCCAAGAGGAUUACGACCGACUCAGACCUCUUUCUUAUCCACAGACGGAUGUGUUCUUGAUAUGCUUUUCCCUAGUAAGCCCAGCUUCCUUUGAAAAUGUCAGAGCAAAGUGGUAUCCAGAGGUGCGGCAUCAUUGUCCAAAUACGCCCAUCAUAUUAGUAGGGACAAAGCUGGAUUUGCGGGAUGAUAAAGACACCAUUGAGCGUCUCCGUGAUAAGAAAUUGGCGCCCAUCACUUAUCCACAAGGACUUGCCAUGGCUAGAGAGAUUGGGGCUGUGAAGUAUUUGGAGUGUUCGGCUCUCACCCAGCGGGGCUUGAAAACCGUCUUUGACGAAGCAAUCCGGGCCGUGCUGUGUCCACCGCCAGUCAAGAAACGCGGAAAGAAAUGCACUGUGUUUUGAGGGAAGACAAACGGCCGCCUUCUCAGGAAAAGUAACGUUGAAUGGGGUCGAGGGACAACAACAAAAAAAAAAAAUCCACAAAAUAUACGUGAAUAGAUAAUGUUUUGUUUGCUUUUACUUGUAAUUCAUGAGUAUGUAUGAGUAAGGACAAGGGGGGAGAUGGGAAAAAAAGAUGGUGGGGGGCCCCCAGAGUGCAGUGGCUUUAUAUAGAGAGAAAACUCUGGGGGUCGUCUGUGUUUGUGAAAGGAAAAUAUAGGAAAUGUCUUUGUAUAAAUUGCAUGGAAGUAAGUAUCAAAAGGAACAGAAAUGAACAAAAGUUAAA